GCGGGGAUCACCGCAGAGCUCCUCCUCCUCCAGGCUGCCGUCACCGAGGCUGCUGGACGGGAGCAACUCGGCACCACCAACAACAACCAGCCGGCUGCUCCUCCGUGCUGAGGGAAGACUCGGUGCAGCCAGGAGCCUCCCCACCGCCUUUGCCCGUCCUUUCUCACCGUCCACGGUUAACGACAUGGCCUCCGACGGCAUGGACGAGCGAUCCCCGCUGUUGUCGGGCCCCAACUCGGAGAAUGUGACCCCCACAGCUCCCCCGUACCUGCAAGAUUCAAGUCCCCGAGCCGAACUACCUCCUCCUUAUACAGCCAUCGCCAGUCCCGACGCCGGCGGUGUGCCUGUCAUCAACUGCCGCGUAUGCCAGUCGCUCAUUAACCUGGAUGGAAAGCUGCAUCAGCACGUGGUCAAGUGCACUGUCUGCAAUGAAGCUACACCUAUCAAGAACCCCCCAACAGGGAAGAAAUAUGUGAGGUGUCCCUGUAACUGCCUGCUCAUCUGUAAAGACACGUCCAGGAGGAUAGGAUGUCCUCGACCAAACUGCAGACGCAUAAUCAACCUGAGCCCGGUGAUGGUAAUCCCCGAGGAGCAACCCGCCCAGCCGGCACUGCCUAUCCAACCUGAGGGGAUGAGGGUGGUCUGCGGUCACUGUGGCAACACCUUCCUAGGCAGUGAGGACGCCAGGUCAUCCCAGCCAAUGUCUGGCCUCCCCAGCGAUGGCUCUCCGCCAGCACAACAGCAGUGGAUGGAGCUUCGGUUUAACACGCUAGCCAAGUGUCCCCACUGCAAAAAAAUAUCUUCUGUUGGCAGUGCGCUCCCUAGAAGGCGCUGUUGUGCUUAUAACUAUAGGAAUGAUCUGCAUUUUCAUUGGAGUGGUCUAACA